CACAAUUGCGCUUUUAAACCGGGUAGCUAGGAGACAGAAACACCUAGUAAUUGACAGGUUUAAAUGUGAAUGUGGGCCUGUGAUUGGUCCGCAGCGCGACACAUCGAGUGGGCGUGGUCUUAGGUGUGGUUCCCCACUGAACUGAAGCGCACAAGCUUUCACUGCAGCCGCAGCAGACGCGCGGGACACAGCCUGUCGGGUUUGGCAGAACCUCUGAGAGCAGCGAUGACUGUCGAACCGAUCCGCUCGACUCUGGCCACCGUCACGACGGAUGACACCUCUCUGGUGCUGCCGUCCGACAAAACACGGCGGACGGGGCAGCAGCGCGUGCUGGAGCAGGUGAAGUCCAUUAAGAGAAGCAAGUCGAAGAUGGUCAAGAAAGACUCCAUUCCGUCGCCAACAUCUCCGGCAUCGGUGACAGAAUACAGUGAGCCUAAGUUCCAGUUCUCACCUACAACUAUGAACGGCACACUCUUCAAAGUCAACGGCUCCAACAUGACGGCAAGCCGCAGCAGAAUGACUGUUCGCAGCUUGUCUGUGCCCAACGCGGUGAGGACUACUACCAUGCGAUAUAACCGAGCAAUUGGCCAAUCCAUGAAACUCCAGGAGAAUAAACAGCUGGUUCAAUCACAGACAAGCAUCAAACCUUCCCGCAGCCAAUCACUGACAGUGAGCAAAGUCACCGCGACCAACAGCCAAUCAGAAGCACUGGGUGCGUUUGGAUCUAUGUCUAACAUCACUCUGCCGGAGGCAGUGGAGUAUCUGUCACACUCAGACAUCAGCUAUCAGCUGUGUGGAGCUUCAUUCAUACAGCACCACAGCUUCAACGAAGACCACAUCAAACAAGAGGUUUGGCGUUUGGGAGGGAUACCUGCUCUCAUUCAGUUGCUGAAAAUCGACAAUUCACAGCUGCAACAGACCGCUGCCGCUGCACUACGCAACUUGGUUUUUAAAGACGACAAUAACAAGAUUGAAGUGGACCAUUGUGAAGGAAUAGAGACCAUUCUGACCUUGCUCAGAAACACCAACAAUACAGAAACGCAUAAACAACUCACUGGUCUGUUGUGGAAUCUGUCCUCGACUGAUAAACUGAAGACCGAGCUGAUCGAGAAGGCCCUGCCGCUGCUUACAGAAACCAUUGUGGUGCCGUACAACGUUUGGACUGACAGCAAUGCUAACAAACACAUUGACCCCGAGGUGUUCUACAACACCACCGGCUGUUUGAGAAACCUCAGCAGUGCUAGCGAGGAGGAGAGAAUAUCAAUGAGGAGCUGCCCGCAACUUAUCGACUCUCUCAUUUCUUACGUUCAGACUCAGAUGGAUAGAGGCGAGCCAGAUGACAAGUCGGUGGAAAACUGUGUCUGCAUACUUCAUAACUUGAGCUACCAGCUGGAGACAGAGGCUCCCGAACACUUCAAAUCACUCGAAGGAGACAAACCGAAGGAGAACAAUAACAAUAGCAAGAAGAGCAUCUUCAGCACCAAGAGGUCCAAGACCCAAGAGUACAUUCACAGACAUUUUUGUUAUCAGGACAUCAUCUUCCCAGCCAUGGAGAGGGAACCUCCUGAAGGAGUGAAUUGGUUGUACCACCGGAAGUCCCUUCAGCUGUAUCUGUCUCUGCUGAGCCAAAGUCAGAAGGAGGCCACUCUGGAGGCGUGCUGUGGAGCCCUGCAGAACCUGACCGCUUCAAAGAGCCCCCUUUCCACUCUGAUGAGUCAAAACAUCAUCGAGAAGCUGCAAGGCCUGUGUUUCAUUUCGCCCCUGCUGAAAUCAGCAAACCCAGGCCUACAGAAGACCGCCAUGUCUUUAGUGGGCAACAUGUCCCGGGUGUCAUUUCUGCGGGGAACUAUGGCCAAGGAAAUUAUUCCCACACUCGGUUCUGUUCUCUCGAAUGUGACGCCGGACAUGGGGAAGUCUGACAGCUCCGUCGCUACAAUGUGCCGUGUGAUGCAGAUGCUCAUGCUGGCAGAGCCCAACACUAGCAAGAAGCUGAUCAACUACAAACUCGUCGACUCUCUGACCGCGCUCAGCUCAAAUAUGUCAUUCGAGACAGGCAGAAAAGCUGCUGGAUUUCUACUCUGGAGUAUGUGGGGACAAAAAGACAUCCAGAGUGUGCUGAAAAAGCAAAAGAUGAACAAGGACACAUUUAUAAAUCCCGUUACUGCUGUAGCAUACGAGGAAGCAACAGGCAUGAAAGCAAGCCGAAAGAUAAUUUAG